AACAAAUAUCAAAUGUAACAACAUUUGCUCCUUCCCCCACAAGCCAUAUCCAGUUUGCCUUCUUCACAAGCCAUUAUCAUCACCACCCUUUUCUCUCUCUAGAAAACUUUCACAUUUUGCUGUCUUCAAUAUUAAAGCUUUCACAGGCGACAUUUUCCCACCUGUACAAAAGGCGAAUCAUCACUCCCUUCACGGUAAAGCAUUAUCAAACAAACCUCUUUCGUUUGCUUUUCUUUAUAUAUACACACAUAUAUAUAUACUGGUUUCUAUAUCUUCAUGAUCUUUUAUUAACUCUCUCCCUCAAUUAUGUUAAACUUUAUGCGGGAGUUGGUGGUGAUUCUCCUUUCGUUCAUCUUUCUUCUUCGGAUUCAGCAUUGCAGAGCAAUGCUGAAUCCUAUGGAUUUUCUCGCAUUGCAAGCGAUUCGAAAGUCGCUUGAGGAUAUGCCGGGUUCGAGGUAUUUUUCAUCUUGGGAUUUCACUUCGGAUCCGUGUAAUUUCGCAGGCGUGUACUGCGAGGGUGAACGCGUUGUCGCGUUGAACCUCGGAGAUCCACGGGCGGGUGCGCCCGGGCUUUCUGGACGGAUACAUCCGUCUAUUGGAAAGUUAACCGCUCUCACGGAGUUUACGGUUGUUCCCGGGCGGAUAAUGGGCGCAUUGCCUGCGACAUUGUCACAGUUGAAGAAUUUAAGGUUUUUAGCUGUAAGCCGGAAUUUCAUCUUCCAUGAAAUUCCGGCUUUAGGGGAGCUCCGGAAGCUGAGAACACUCGAUUUGAGUUAUAAUCAGCUUUCCGGAGGCAUCCCCUGGUCACUGGGGAAAUUACCCCAAUUAACCAACUUAAUCCUUUGUCAUAACCGGCUCUCGGGUUCGAUACCCCCUUUCGUGUCUCGAUCCCUCACCCGGUUGGACCUAAAACACAACGAGUUAUCCGGCCCGAUCGGGCCGUAUUCACUCCCUCCUUCAUUAAACUACCUUUCUCUCUCCUGGAACCGGUUUUCGGGUCGGGUUGACCGGGUGUUACCCCGGUUGAACCGGCUACACUACCUAGACCUAAGCCUGAACCGGUUCAGUGGUCCAAUCCCGGGCUGCAUCUUCGGGUUCCCAAUCAACAACCUCCAACUCGAGCGAAACCAGUUUUCAGGCCCGGUCCAACCGAGAACCUCAGUUACGAUCCCGACCGUUGAUCUUAGCCACAACAUGUUGUACGGACCAAUUUCGCCACUUUUCGCAACGGUUCAGAAUCUUUACUUGAACAAUAACCGGUUCACGGGUUCGGUUCCACGGGUUUUCGUGGACCGGUUAUUGGCUGGCAGCAUAAGACUAUUGUACCUUCAGCAUAAUUAUUUAACCGGAAUGCCUAUUAAACCAAGGUCUUCAAUACCUAUGAGUAGUUCAUUGUGUUUGAUGUAUAAUUGUAUGGUUCCACCGGUUCAAAGCCCAUGCCCGAUUAGUGCGGGUAGAAUGAAGACCCGACCCACUUCAGAAUGCAGUGAAUGGAAAGGGUAAAAUAGGUAAUUUACUUUUUUAAUUUUGGUAUUUAGUUGGUAUAAAAGGAUGAUCAUAAAAAGCAGUAAGUAUAGUUUUUUUGGAGGGUGGUUAUUUAAUUGAUUUUUUAUGUCAAAAAGUUGGAAAACAUGAGAUUAGCAACAUGAUGAAUAUAUAUAUUUCUUGUGCAUA